CGAUAGGCGAUUUUAGAAUCCGAAGUUUCCUUUAUUGUCCGUUACGUUGUCUUACUUUCUUUCCCAUGUAAAAUAAAUUCCCAUUACUCCUAUGUUAUUUUGUUCGGUUAGAAUUUUAUUCAUUAUAUCUUCAAAACAGCUUGUGCUUAUAUCAGAAACAGAAGUCACGACGACCCUCACACUACACACGACACAUAAAAUUGAAAGCCCCACUGCGAAUCCACCACAAAGCAAAAAAAAUUUGUUUGUUAUUCGAAUGGAGCUCCUGAGCACGAUCAAUCUCUUAGCAAUAGCUCUAGUGCUUCUUGUAGUUCCGAAGAUAUAUGGAGCUUGUCGGAUCCUUGUUUGGCGGCCAUGGAUGCUAUCGAGAAGAUUCAAGAAGCAAGGAAUCUCUGGUCCAAAAUACAGGAUCUUGUAUGGGAACCUCCGAGAGAUUAGGAAGAUGAAGAACGAAGCUAAGCUUAUGGUUCUUGAUCCAAACUCCAACGAUAUCGUCCCUCGCGUCUUACCUCAUCUUCAGCAAUGGAAGUCUCAAUAUGGAGAGACCUUUCUUUACUGGCAAGGAACAGAUCCAAGGUUGUGCAUCUCAGAUCAUGAGCUCGCGAAACAGAUCUUAUCGAACAAGUUUGUUUUUUUUUCUAAAUCAAAGACAAAACCUGAGAUCCUUAAACUUUCUGGUAAUGGACUUAUCUUCGUAAAUGGUCUUGAUUGGGUUCGUCACAGACGAAUCUUAAACCCUGCAUUCUCUAUGGACAAACUCAAGCUCAUGACCCAAUUGAUGGUGGAUUGCACUUUUAGAAUGUUCCUUGAGUGGAAAAAACAGAGGAAUGGUGUAGAAACAGAGCAAUUUGUGUUGAUUAGCAGAGAGUUUAAGAGAUUGACCGCUGAUAUCAUAGCGACGGCUGCGUUUGGAAGCAGUUAUGCGGAAGGAAUUGAAGUAUUUAAAUCACAAUUAGAGCUCCAAAAGUGUUGUGCUGCUGCUCUUACUGACCUCUAUUUCCCUGGAAUCCAGUACCUUCCUACGCCUUCGAAUCUUCAAAUAUGGAAGCUUGAUAUGAAAGUGAAUAGCUCGAUCAAAAGAAUCAUAGAUGCGAGGUUAACAUCGGAAUCCAAAGAUUACGGAAACGAUCUUCUGGGAAUCAUGUUAACAGCUGCAAGCUCUAACGAGUCUGAGAAAAAGAUGAGCAUUGAUGAGAUCAUAGAAGAAUGCAAGACGUUCUUCUUCGCAGGACACGAAACUACUGCGAAUCUAUUGACAUGGAGUACAAUGUUGCUUAGCUUGCACCAAGAUUGGCAAGAGAAACUCAGAGAAGAAGUUUUCAAUGAAUGCGGUAAAGACAAAAUCCCAGAUGCAGAGACAUGCUCCAAACUAAAACUGGUAAAUGCAAAUUGCAAAAGAGUUCCUUGCGGCUGAAGAAAACGGUUUUACUUUUGACCUAACUACAAUUGAUCAUUGCAGAUGAACACGGUGUUUAUGGAGUCCCUUCGUCUAUACGGACCAGUGUUAAAUCUGCUCCGAUUAGCAUCAGAAGAUAUGAAAUUAGGAAACCUAGAGAUCCCUAAAGGCACGACUAUAAUCCUCCCGAUUGCGAAGAUGCACAGAGACAAAGCCGUUUGGGGAAGUGACGCCGACAAAUUCAACCCUAUGCGGUUUGCAAACGGUCUUUCUCGGGCCGCUAAUCAUCCGAACGCUCUCCUCGCGUUUUCAAUGGGACCAAGAGCUUGCAUUGGCCAAAACUUUGCGAUAAUGGAAGCCAAGACCGUUCUCGCCAUGAUUCUUCAACGGUUCCGGCUCAAUCUCUCCGCCGAUUAUAAACAUGCGCCGGCGGAUCACCUCACUCUUCAACCUCAGUACGAUCUACCUGUGAUACUUGAACCUAUCGACGGUUGAAGCAAAUGCUUCUACACUACUCUGUAUAUGAACCUUCAUGGGCUAAAGAGACUUAAUUAAGAUAUUGGGAUAUUACUAUGAAUCAUUUGGGCUAGCCCAUUAACGAUGGCAACUAACGGCGUCAAUUGCUAACUAACGUAACACGUGUUCGGAUAUCAGGCGCCAAAGAGUAAAGUCAAAGCGACUGGUCAAAAGACCCUACGGUCAGAUUGAUCAGGAAUUUUGGUAACAAUGUACCAUCAGAUAAAUCCACAUCCUACUAAUGAUUUAUUAACAAUAUCAAUGUAGUGUAAUUGUCUUUCAAUAAGAAAGUGACCAGUAUAGUAAAGAAAAGAAAGAUCUUCGUUUACAAGGAGAUGUAAACAUCUUAUUUGUCCGG